AUGGCGAAUCAGAUUCCGUUAGGUAUAAAACUAAAAACUUUGCUCAAGAUGUGUAUCCAAAGAUUGAGAUACACUCAGGAGAAACAGCACGCACUUGCCAGAGUAUCGAGAAGGGAGGUUGCGAAGCUUCUUUCUGAAGGGAAAGAAAAUAAAGCACAUUACAGAGUUGAGGCCUUAAUAAAUGAUGAUGUUCAUAUCGAGUUGCUUGAGAUUCUAGAACUUUACUGUGAACUGUUACAUACGAGAAUAGGGCUUUUGAACACGGUAGUUAAUGCGGAAGAUUUGAGCAAGAAUCAUAAUGAGGAUGGAAUUAAUGAAGCUGUUAGGGCACUUUUGUAUUGCGUUGUAGAGGUGUCCGAAAUCAGAGAGCUUCAACAGUUAAAGGAUUUGUUUGCUCUAAAAUUUGGAUUGGAUUUUAUUAAAAAGAUAAGUGACGAGAAGGAAGGAGUUCCAGAGAAAAUAUUAAAAAAAAAUGCGCUGCACGCCUUCCCAGCGAAGAUCUGGUUAUUUUAUAUCUUAAGGAAAUUGCACGCUCCUAUGAUGUUGAUUACAGCAACCUUGACGACGAAUCCGAAAAUAAUCUCGAAACCUCAGGCACUUCGACUGACAACGAAUCAGAAAAGGGUAAACCAAUUCUGGCAGUUGAAGGUGAAGAAACUGAGUCGAAGAAACAUCCCAUUGUUGUCAAAAAACCUCGCAAAAAUAGUGAGAAUCAGGGCGAGAGCUUGA